AUGUUAGCUUGUGUGUGUCAGCCAAUGGAGACAGCAUUGUUGUUUAAAGGAGGACCGCCGAUAACAAUGGGACCACUCGGAUCAAACAAAUCUCGUCAUAACACCGAUGUUAUGAAAACAUUAAACAUGAUACCCAAAUCAGUACACAGUCUGGGUGAUGCUAAAGAUAGUUCUGCAUCGUUAAAAUCUCUCCCAGCCUUCGUAGACACUUCUGGAAAUUUAUUAAACCUCAGAAAGAUUGAAAGGGAAGCUCAAUCAACAAAGAUUUUAGUGAAUCCGGUAUGUUCAGAUAGCUUCGGUACAAGCGAUGACAGCCCAUCAAAAUCGACAAAUAAAAAAUGGAAAGGAAAGAAGAAACGCCUUAAAAUAAAAAAUAAAAAAAUGAACGAUGAUUCAGAUAAAAAUGCACGUCGAGACGGUGCAACAGAAGAAAAGAAGUCGAUAAGUUGCUUCAAAAUAAAAAGCCAUGAUAAACGGACAAAUGAUGACACUAAAUUAGGUAAAGAGAAUUGUUUGAAUGAAAACGCCACGAACUUAAUGAACACUCGACCAGAUCUAAUAAAUCAUCCAAGUAAGGAGAGAUUGGUUGAUGAGUCUACGAUGACAGAUAACGCGCUUUCAAAUGAUGUGGAUGCUGAAAAGACUGAUCUUGUUAGAGAAAAUGAGGUAAGCCAUGCAUUAUUAAUUACUUUUCAGCUGUCCAGAGCUUGA